AUCGAACGGUGAACUGUGAAUUAGCGGAUUUUGCAUCAACGCGAAGGCGAGGAAGUUUUUUGUGUUUCGAGUGAACGCCAAGGCAAAAUGGAUCAGAGCAAAAUGGCCGAAAAACCGGAGGAUGAAAGCACAGAUAUACCGGAUCGUCUCUUCGACUCCAAUCAACGCAAGACGUAUAAGCGUAUGCGCUUCUUUGGAAAGGGCGGCUUUGCCAAGUGCUACGAAAUCAUCGAUGAGGAGACCGACGAUGUUUUUGCCGGCAAAAUCGUAUCAAAGAAGCUGAUGAUCAAGCACAAACAGAAGAAGAAGGCCGCUGAGGAGAUUACCAUUCAUCGUAAUCUCAAUCAUCCCAACAUAGUGAAGUUCCAUAGCUAUUUCGACGAUGUCCAGAACAUUUACAUUGUCCUGGAGCUUUGCAAGAAUCGGUCGAUGAUGGAGCUGCGCAAGCGCCGGAAAAGCAUCACGGAGUUCGAGUGCCGCUACUACAUUUACCAGAUCAUCCAAGGCGUCAAGUAUCUGCACGACAACCGCAUUAUCCAUCGCGACUUGAAGCUAGGAAACCUGUUCUUGAACGAUAUGCUGCAGGUGAAGAUUGGCGACUUUGGCCUAGCCACUCGCAUCGAAUAUGAGGGCGAACGCAAGAAGACUCUGUGCGGCACCCCAAACUACAUUGCCCCAGAAAUUCUCACCAAUAAGGGGCAUUCGUUCGAAGUGGACAUAUGGUCCAUUGGCUGCGUCAUGUACACUCUGUUGGUAGGCCAACCCCCGUUUGAGACCAAAACGCUGAAGGACACUUAUUCAAAGAUCAAGAAGUGCGAGUACAAAAUGCCAAGCUACUUGAGAAAACCUGCUUCUGAUAUGGUGAUCUCCAUGCUCCAGCCGAACCCUGAGAGCCGCCCAGCAAUUGGCGAGUUGCUGAACUACGACUUCCUGAAGGGCUCGAAGGUGCCAACGUUCUUGCCAAGCUCUUGCCUAACUAUGGCUCCGCGAAUUGGCAUCAACGACACCAUUGAAGACUCCAUUCAUCGCAAGCCGCUGAAAGAGAUGAACGACAUUGGGGAUGAUAAUCGUCUGGAGUCAACAGUCAACAUCACUGCCUCGGCCCAGGUGUGCCGCCACAACGAAGACUACCGCAGCGACAUUGAGAGCUUGCACCAGCAGCUCACCAAUCUGAUCAACAACAAGCCGCGCAUACUGCAAGGCAAUCUCGGGGAUGAGAAUACCGAUCCUGCAGCACAGCCGCUCUUCUGGAUAUCCAAAUGGGUCGACUACAGUGACGAAUACGGCUUCGGUUAUCAGCUCUGUGAUGAGGGCAUUGGCGUUAUGUUCAACGACACAACCAAAUUGAUUCUGCUUCCGAACCAGAUCAACGUCCACUUCAUAGACAAGGACGGAAAGGAGAGCUACAUGACUACGACCGAUUACUGCAAGAAGCUUGAUAAAAAGAUGAAGCUGCUUUCCUACUUCAAGCGUUACAUGAUCGAGAAUCUCGUGAAGGCUGGAGCCAAUAAUGUGAACAUUGAGAGUGAUCAGAUAUCGCGUAUGCCCCAUUUGCACUCCUGGUUCCGCACAACGUGUGCUGUGGUCAUGCAUCUUACCAACGGUUCCGUACAGGUAGCUACACAAAUUUAGUAAAUGCUCUCCCGACUUAUAGAAAUUAACCAAAACUAUUCCUGAUUUCAGUUUAAUUUUUCGGAUCACAUGAAACUCAUUCUUUGUCCGCGUAUGAGUGCCAUUACAUGCAUCGAUCACGAGAAGAACUUCCGCACAUAUCGCUUCUCGACCAUCGUGGAGAACGGUGUAUCCAAAGAUGUCUAUCAAAAGAUACGCUAUGCCCAAGAAAAAAUGAGAAAAAUGCUGGAGAAGAUGUUUGUUUAAUUGUUGGAUGAUGUUCACCAUCUCCACAACCUACCAGC